AUGGCUGGGAAAUUAUCCAAAGAGAGAUCUUUGGAGGAAACACCAACAUGGGCAGUGGCAAUUGUGUGUUUUGUGCUGGUUUUGAUCUCUAUAAUCAUUGAACAUGUCAUCCAUUUGAUAGGAAAGUGGUUGGCAAAGAGACACAAACGAGCUCUAUUUGAAGCAUUUGAAAAGAUCAAAUCAGAGGUUAUGCUUUUGGGCUUCAUAUCAUUGCUCCUAACAGUAGGGCAAACACCAAUUUCAAAAAUCUGCAUAUCAAAGGCUGUGGCUGCUACUUGGCAUCCAUGCAAAAAGAAGCAAGAGAGCAAAUUAUCUCAUGAUUAUGAUAACAGCCAUAGAAGGCUUCUUUUGGUUUCCGAUCCUGGUGAGAGUAUCCGACGUGUUUUAGCAUCAGCAUCGGACGACAAAUGCGCUGCCAAGGAUAAAGUUGCAUUUGUGUCGGCUUAUGGCAUUCACCAACUCCAUAUAUUCAUAUUUGUUCUUGCUGUCUUCCACGUGCUUUACUGCAUAAUCACCUUGGCUUUGAGCAGAACGAAGAUGAGAAAGUGGAAAGCGUGGGAAAUGGAAACUAGAACAACUGACUACCAGUUUUCCAACGACCCAGAGAGAUUUAGAUUUGCAAGGGACACUUCUUUUGGAAGAAGGCAUUUGAACUUCUGGAGCCACUGUCCUUUUCUCCUAUGGAUUGUUUGCUUCUUCAGACAAUUCGUCAGAUCUGUACCAAAGGUUGAUUACUUGACCCUGCGCCACGGGUUUAUUAUGGCACAUUUGGGACCUCAGAGUCACGUCAAAUUCAACUUCCAUGAGUACAUUAAGAGAGCACUUGAAGGGGACUUCAAAGUUGUAGUUGGGAUCAGCCCCACAAUCUGGUUCUGCGCAGUACUAUUUCUACUAUCUAAUACCAAUGGCUGGAAAUCUUAUCUAUGGCUGCCAUUUAUCCCACUGAUUAUAAUCUUGUUGGUAGGGACAAAGCUACAAGUGAUCAUAACAAAGAUGGGUCUGAGGAUCCAGGAGAGGGGAGAGGUGGUUAAGGGGACGCCGCUGGUUCAGCCAGGCGACGAUCUCUUCUGGUUUAAGCAGCCGCGCCUCAUUCUUUAUCUCAUCAACUUUGUUCUCUUUCAGAAUGCUUUUCAGCUUGCCUUCUUAGCGUGGACUUUGUAUGAGUUUGGGAUAAAAUCUUGCUUCCAUGAGAACUCAGAAGAUGUUAUAAUCAGGAUAUCAAUGGGAGUCCUUAUUCAAAUACUUUGCAGCUAUAUGACACUUCCUCUACAUGCCUUGGUAACACAGGUAAGAAACAAACUAGCUAGUUGCUAAAAUUUCAAUGAAAGGCAUUUAUUUAUGACCCUUUUCGUGUUUUUCGACCAAAAACAGAUGGGAUCGAACAUCAAACCCACAAUCUUCAACGACAGAGUGG